CGGGCCCGGGGGGCGGGGCGGGGGGCGCGCGCCAUGCUGAUCACGCUGUGCUACCUCUACCUCUGGGCGCGCUGGGGGCCGCGCUCGGCCGCGCUGAUCCGCCGCACCGUGCGCCGCCUGCACCGCUCCCGCUGCUCCUUCACCUUCUGCUGCCGCGCCGGGCCCGCCGCCCCCCCGGCCCGCCCGCCGCGCCGGCAGGCGCCGCCCGAGGAGCGAGUCUGCCUCACCAUAGGGAACAAAGUCUUCUUCACGGACGAGACGCAGUUCCUUGAUGACUUAAACAGAUGGAGUCUGCUUCUCAUUUCUCCUUUUAUUUGUCCUGAUAAGUUACUUAAAGCAGAACAUAUAGCUUUUGUGACAGAAAGCAUUUCAGCUCAGACAGAUAACUUGCAGAAACUGCCCGGCUCUUCAAAAGAGAUUGUGAAGUGGUCAGACUAUUGUUCACCGUUGGCCUAUAAACCUGGUGAGCCUUAUAAAUUAAUUGCUGAAGCAAGUGUAGAUAAUUUCAGUAACCUUGGAAUAGCAUUCAUGGAAGACAGGCUUCAAAUGGAUAACGGAAUGGUGCCACACAAGAUUGUUUCUGUCCAUUUACAGGAAUCUACUCUGAAGGAGUUUGCACAAGUGGCACCAUCUGUAAAAGAGCAAAGUGUAAGCAGUACACAAAUGGAUGAAGUAGCUCAUGCGGCAGCUUUGGGACCCUCUGUGAAAUCAGUAUUAGGAGGAGCUGAGUCUGCAGGACAAGGUGAAGAGGAGAAAUCCAAGCUAGAGAAAGAAAAGGAGCAUGAAGAUCAAUCCAAGUGUCUGUCUGACAAAGAGACAAGUCCUGGAGAACAUCAUCACUUGCAUCUUUCCAGCUGUUAUGAAUGCCUGCAACUUGAAAACAGUACUAUUGAAUCGGUUAGAUUUACCUCUGCAGAAAACAUUCCAGAACUUUCUGAUGCUUGCAAUAGCAAACUGGAAGAGAAGAAGGAUGACUGUCCAGCAAGAGGAACGAAGAGAAUAAACCUUGCUGGAAAGCCCCCUAAUGUAUUGAUUUAUCUUGGCUCUGGAACUACAAAAGUGAAAUUUGAGCAGGUAAAAUCAAUCCUUCAGGAAUGCAUUGAUGCAGACAGCUACACCAUCUACCAGCUGCGUGAGGAACAAGUUCUGAAGGCUCCGUGGACUGAUAAUUCACUGCUGUUGAUCAUUGCCACAGAGGAGCCUAUUUCUGAGGAGAACUACAAACAAUUUAUGAAGUUUUUAUCUAAAGGUGGGAAGAUUCUAGGGUUUUCUUCAUCUUUUACAUGUGAUGGCAUACAAAUAAAAAGAAAAAACAAACUGAAGAAAACUGUUCAUGAAUUAGUGGUCUCUAAAAUGGACAGCACUGAAAUUCAGUUAAAUCUUUUGCUCAGUGGCUGUGUUUUUGAGGAAGUGGUGAAGGAAGAUACCAGCAAAGUGAAGACAUUGUGUCGAUUAAAUAAUGCUGAUAAAGAUGCAGUUAUUGUUCAUCUGACUUACGGAGACAGUGGAGGGGAAGCCAUUCUUUCUCAGGCACACUUGGAACUGGAUAUCAAUUCAAUGGAUGUCCAAACUGAAGAGGAUUUUAAUUUGCUUAAGAUAAGCAAUACCAAGAGAUAUGAAGUCCUCAAGGAAAUCCUGAUAUCACUUGGCCUGAGUUGUGAAUUAAGUGAAAUUCCUAUGUUAACACCUAUUUACCUUCUCUCUUCUGAUGAGGAAGUCCAUCUUGCUUUUCUGAAAUGGCUCGAGGGAAAUGUAGAUGCAGAAGGAUUAAGAGCAUCCAGCAAAGUGUCUCUUAAAUUUGUUUCAUCCUGUGAAUCAAAAAUUGAGAUAACUCCAUCUCUUAUGCCAGUCAUCACUGAAAUGGGAAGCUUCUCAUCAGAACAUUUCAGCCUGAAGACAUAUCAACAGAAUCUUCAAACAAAGAAGCUUGGGAAGAUUCUGCUUUUUACUGAAGUUACCACAACAACAAUGAAUCUUCUAGAUGGGUUAAUGUUCGAGUUGCCUGAGGAGAUGGGUUUAAUAGCAAUUGCUGUUCGACAAACACAAGGAAAAGGUCGUGGUGGAAAUGUUUGGCUCAGUCCCCUGGGUUGUGCACUAUCCACUUUACAUAUCACCAUUCCUCUACAUUCCAACCUGGGCCAGAGAAUUCCUUUUAUUCAACACCUGGUGUCCUUGGCAGUGGUAGAGUCGGUUAGAUCAAUACCAGGAUAUGAGGAUAUUGAGCUGCGAGUAAAAUGGCCAAAUGAUAUUUACUACAGUGAUCUUAUGAAGCUAGGCGGAGUUCUGGUAAACUCUACGCUUGUUGAAACAACAUUUCAUAUACUUAUAGGCUUUGGAUUUAAUGUGAAUAACAGCAACCCCACCAUAUGCAUCAAUGAUCUCAUCACAAAAUUUAACAAGGAAGAGAGGACAGAGCUGAAGCCUUUAACUCCAGACUGUCUUAUUGCAAGAACUGUAACUGUGCUAGAGAGGCUUAUAGAUAUUUUCCAGGAGAAAGGGCCCAAUGGAGUUCUUCCCCGUUAUUACAAGUACUGGGUUCACAGUGGGAAGCAAGUUCGUCUCCACAGCGAGGAGGGCCCAAUUGCGUGGAUAGUUGGGAUAGAUGAUUAUGGAUUCCUUCAAGUUCAUGAAGAAGGCAAGGGUGUAGAGUCUGUGCACCCAGAUGGCAACUCUUUCGACAUGCUGAGAAACCUCAUAGUCCCAAAGCAUUGAUAGUUCUCAGAGCUCACUGUAAAAAAGGGAGGCUUUUGACUGUUUGGCACAGAGUAGCUAAACUUGCCUAAAAGUGGGAAGGGUAGUUGAUAGCUUGAUUUAUUUUUAUUUCUUCUGAUUUUCUGGUGUCUUUGUUGUUUGAUGUAGACAACUUCAACAGUUAAGAAGAGGUGAUUAUCUCAUUGCCUUAAUUCUUUCAUAUUAACUUCAAAAACACACAUUUUGCCAUUCUUUGUAGGCAUUUAUUCUUUAAAAGGUGCCUGUUUGCACAGGAUUACUUUCCAAUGAACAGAACUUUCUCUUAAUUUACAAACUGUAUUUGAGAAACUGAAGUGGCUAAAUAUUUUCUUUUCUUGUCUCUGUGUUUUUAUUUUGCAUUAGCACAAUGCAGUACAAUAUUUACAUUUUUACUUUGUUUUUCGACACUAAAUUCUGGUUUACAUGUUGUCUGCGGUGGAAACAGCUGGAAAAGCUCAUUAUAUUUUUUGGGAUUAUUGGGAUUACCGCUGUGUUUAGAUUAAGGUCUAAGCAGAGAGUUGCUGAUUUGAUUCUCCAUGUGGGCCUGUACAACAGUUUACCAUCCUGUGCUUUAGUCUCAGGUCUGCAGCUCCAACAUGGUUGCCUUGCAUUUUUGGGGAGUUUUCCAUCAGCACUGAAGAGCUGUGGGUGCUUAGCCAAAUAACUUGUACUCUGCUCAUUUUAGUCAGUUGGAUCUGAGUAAAUUGUCUCAUCUCUCCUUUAAAUCGUACUCUUCCAAGAGGCCUUUAGCACCCGUCAGGGUAGCCCACUGGAGCAGUGUGUCACUUAGUUGCAAUCCUCUUCUCCAGUUUAUUGUAGAAUCCGAUGUCAGGACAGGGAAGUCAAAAUAGUUUAUAAUUUAAUAGUAAUUCUGUUGUAAUAAUAGUGAAGUUAAGUGAAUAAAUAAGAGAAAAAUGCUCUGCUCUUAAAAUCCCUUCCAGAAACAGCUACUACAGUGGAAAAGAGAAAACACCUAGUUUACUGGUGUCCAAAUUGUCUUUGGACAAUUGUCUUCAGUUGGUUUUGCUGUCACCCCCUUUCCCAAAGCAGGGCAUCUGGUUUUGCUGCUAACCAUUAAAAGCAAGAGAUUAGACAUCUUCUGACCUGACAGCAGCUUGCUCUGGGGCUGGCUGCACAGUUCCAGCUUAGGUGGGAUGGCUUGGUCAUGACUGGAAAGCGGCAUGAAGCAGGCAUGUGGGAGCCUCCAUGUGUUGCAGGUUGUCAGGUUUUUCUCCUGGGCAAGGUGAAUUUGCGCCAGGAGGCUUGGCCAUCACAGCACUUCCAGCAGUUCCCUGCAGAUUAAGAGUUUGUCAUAGGUGCAAUGUGACCAGCUUAAUUUCCUGGAUUGGGCAUCACUGCUUAUUGCGUUACCUUGUCCUUACCGAAGGUGGAUCAGCCAAAUGUGUUUUCACAAAGGACAUCUGCCUACUAGCCAGAAAUUGUUUUUUUUAGGUUAGACUUCACCUCAUAAACUAUCUGAACGUGUUAGUAGAUUGUUUCAGUUACAAAGCCAAGAAGUCUUAAAACAAGGAAGCUUGUCUGUGAUGGUAAUUUAGAGUAAUCCUCAUAUAUUAGAGUUUAGGUAGUUUGGCAGCAAGUGCUAGAGAUUAAGCUGUCCCUAUUACAUUUAGGAUUUUAUGUUCCAUAUCACAGGGGAUUUGGUGUUUGUGUGUCUGGUUGUCCAUCUUCCAUUCUGUUUUGCUCCAUAAUCCGCAUCACAUGAGACUGCACACCAGUAUUUCAUAGAACUGUACAGCUCAGUGUAGACAGCUGUUAAUUGGCAGAGUUAAAAUGAUACACAUGAACACCAGUUUUUGCUUUUUCCCACCAGAUGCUUUCUACAACUGCUUUGGGCUCUUAAUUCUUGGCAGCUACCUUUAUUUCAGGAUCAAAUAUUAAUGCAUAUUGUAAUCAAAUUAAACUUGAGCCUGAGUUAAUAGAGUUUAAGUAAAAAGAAGCUCUCAUUUAUAUACACACCUAUAAAAACCUGUGUGUGCCUACACAACACUCACAUCUUCCUUUUGCAUUUUCACUUCUACCUUUUCCUGCAAGCAGCUUAUGAGCUGCUGCAGAUCAGUUGUGGAAAGCAUAGCUCUGGCACUGCUUUGCAGACCACAGAGUCUUACAGAACUUUAGAUCUGUGCCUCAAUCCAGUAUUUGUAGCUGAAAUACUUUCACUGUUUUGGUACUGUAAGAUGUGUCUGUAGGAAGCACCUUGGAUUCUCCUCGUGUUAUAGGUAGAGUGAUGAGUGCCUGUAGAGGUUUAACAACCAGGUCAUGCAUCAGAUUUUGACUUGAAUUGCUUUGUUAAAAUACACUCUGCCAGCUCUAGGGACAGAUACUGUAAAAGGAGGAUGGGGGAAAAUGGCAAAACAUGUUCCCAUGUGAAGGGUAGAAUGGACCUGUAGACCUUGAGUCAGCCACACUACCAGUCUGAGCAGCAGGCAGAGGGUUUUUUUGAUAAUAAAAUGCAGCAAUAUUUCCUAGUUGCUGUUGUUCCUUUUGGUUUUCUUGAGAGCCUUUUUAAUGAAAUGCUUGUUCUAUUCUGACUUAGAUUAUUCUGAAAAUUUUUGCACUGGAAGGAAACUUAGCAUUGAACUUCUUUUCUGUGAGUAAGAACUAACCAAGCGUGGAUGUGUCGAAGCUUAGGUGGGUGCUGUGGGAACAUGCCGCUUUGCCUGGAGUUUUUAGUGGCCUAUUCCAUGUAUAAAAAUCUACCUGUUGUCUUGAGGAAACAGCCUUGAGUUGGAUGAAGUGUUUGUUGCAAACCUGACCUUUCCUUCAGAAGAACCAAGACAAUUCCCAUUGUAUGGCAAGCCGGUCCUGUGUGGUGGCUGUUGCUGAGGGAGCCGGUGGGCAUUCCUGGAGGGCCCUCACAUUAAGGCCGAUGGGGAGCACAGCCGGUAGCCUUACUCCUUUUAUUCCAAACUUGGCACACCCAGAAAGCCACAACAUUUUUGUCUGAAAAUCAUUGUUCUUUACCUAGGCCAGACAAAUGUGGUGUAGUGUCCCUAGACACAGGCAUGGAGAGACUCAGAGAACUCCAGAUCCAGAAGUAAUGCACUGAAAAUGUUUCAUUUCAUUCAACUGUCUCGAUUAGUAAAACACCUCUUUCCUUCUGAGGCUGAUGUCAUAUCUUAAACUAUUUUCUUGAUGAAGUGCUUUCAGAAAACAUUUAUUACAGUAUCCAUAUUUCUGUGACUUCAUUUUUUUUCCUCCUGGACUCUGUUACUACAUUUCUCAUUACACAUUGUGAAAAUAUUUGUAGAGAUUGUUUAUUGAUAGGAAAACUUCUUCCAAGCAAGCUGGGCAUGUUGGCACGUGUCUGUGUUCAGAAGGAGUUGGUGAGUUGAGUCCAGUCAGCACCAGUACUGUUUCCAAAGAUUUGAAAAAGUAAUAAUGUACUUAAUGUUUAAGAGUUUGAGCAGUACAUCUCACUUCUAGUAAAAGAUUUUAUAAGACUUCAGAGCGUUUUUAAAAUACAUCCAAAAAAUAUAAUCUACUUCAAGGGCUAUUACCUAGAAAUAAUAUUAAAGCAUUUAAUUCUUUAUGCUGCUGCUUCAUUGUACAACGAUUUUUUUUAUUUCUUUGCUUUUUCUGAUUCAGCUACAAGACAUCAGUAGCCUAAGCAAUUACUCUCUGCAACUACUUUGUAAUAUACAGUAGAUAUAUUAAAAAAAAAAAAGAAAUUGAAGUACAGCUUAAUGUCAGUCACAAUCUGUGCCACAAAGAGCUGAUUCCUGGGGGCAACUGGUUUGAUAAAAGCAUUUGCAUGCAUAAGUUCCUGCAGUGAUGCACUGCACUGAGCAGACACCAAAGAAAUUAAGUCUGGACUGAGAGAAGAACAGAGGUCAGAAAAUGCUGCCAAGCCGCAGGCUGCAUCACGUAGCACACAACUGAGGAGAAGGAACUGCAGAGAAGAAUUGUGAGCUGGUGGCAUCUUUGGGUGUCUUGCAUUAGUGCCUUUCAUUAGUGAGUCUCUGUUGUUUUCAGUUCUCCCAGCACCUUCCUUUAAAAUGCAGUGUGGCUAAAAUGCAAUAAAUGCAAAAUAUCCUUGUAUUUUUUUAGUGUUUUAACUGAAAUAUAGUACAUACUACAAUUCACAUAAGUUUUCAAAUAUGUGAGGUUAUUCUUUGUGAAACCCUGUGUUUUGCAGUUAAAGGAGAAAUCCAACUCACUUUUCCUUUGGCUACAGGAUUUUAUUAACCUUUUAACAGUUUUGUUUUACAUAAUAAAUAAGCAAAAUGCUUUACAUUUUUAGGGAAUACAUAUAUAAUUCUGAGCAUUAAUAGGUUGUUUGUUUUGCGUGCUUUUUCACCUACAUUUGCCAAAUAGCUUUUAUCUGCAUCAUAUAAAAAAAGCAAAAUCUAAUGUUCAGGAAAAAAAAUGGAAAAAUAAAAUUAUCUCUGAGUUGUU